ACACAUAAAUCCUAUUAGCAACUUUCUGCUGAUGGUGAACCAUUCAGUUCAAGGCUCCUCACUCUCUUAAUUAACCUCCAUUGUGUUGAAUUGCCUCAUUUUGUCUUUCUUUUUACUAAGAACGUUUUCGGUAAAGAGGAGUUUGUAGUUUAUUAGAGCCGAAGUCACUGGCCACACCAUGUCUGCAGAGAAGAAGCCAAAGAAGAAGAAGGCAGAGACAGCAAGCUCAGCCACCAAUGGUGCCGACGCAAAGCCCAAAAAGACCAAGAGCAAGAAGAGUGAUGACCUGUCUGGAGAGGAGAGUCCUGCAGUUCAAAAUGGAAAAAAGGUAAAGAAAAAGAAAGCAGAUGAAGAAAAAACUGAAAAAGAGAAAGAGAAAGGGAAAGGGAUAGAAAAAGAGAAAGACGAGCCAAAGAAGAAAACAAAAAGUGUGCCAAAGAAAAAGAAAGGUUCAGAUACAGAAGAUGACGACGAUGAUGAUGAGGAAGAGACUCCACAAAAGAAGACAAAGAAAAAGACCACAAAGGAAGGUUCUGAAAAAGAUGGCAAAGAGAAGAAAUCCAAAGCUAAAGAUGACAAAGAGUCUGACAAAAAAUCAAAGAAAGACACCAAGAAAAAGGAACCAGCUUCUCUGUUCUCUGUAAAUGGAGAUAAGGAUAAGUCAGACUCCAAGAGCAAGAAGAAAGCAGCCAAAUCAGAUAGUGAAGACAGCGAACCAGAAACCAAGUCCAGCAAGUCAAAAUCAAAGAAGAAGGAGAACGCCAACCCAGCAUCCAUGUUCUCAGCAGGGGGGGAAAAGGACAAGGACAAAGACAAGGACAAAGACAAGGACAAGAAGAAGAAGAAGAAAGGCAAGUCAUCAGACAGUGAUGAUUCUGACUCCGAAGCAGAAAAAGGAAAAAAGAAAAAGGGAAAAGGGAAGAAGAAAAAGGAGGAGAGGCCUCCGUCCCCGGAUAUUGAGUUUGACAGCCUGGAGGAGUUUGUUCUGCAGUCAGCCCAGCAGGGGGUGACUGUCAAAUGCAAGGUGACCCGGGACCAGAGGGGCUUGGACAAAGGCCUAUACCCCACAUACUAUCUCCACCUGGACAAUGAAAAGAAGGUCUUUCUACUGGCUGGGAGAAAACGAAAGAAAAGCACAACCUCCAAUUACCUUAUCUCCAUAGACCCCACAGACUUGUCUCGGGGUGGAGAAAAUUUCAUUGGAAAGUUGAGGUCCAACUACUUGGGCACGAAGUUCACAGUGUUUGAUAAUGCACUGCACCCAGACAGAGCUCUACCAGACAUGUCCAACGCUCGCCAAGAAUUAGCAGCCAUUAUUUACGAAACAAAUGUCUUGGGAAUGAAGGGUCCCAGAAGGUUGACCGUUAUCAUCCCAGGGAUGGGCAAGGACAGUGAACGAGUACCCAUCCGACCUCGCAGUGACAACGAUGGUUUAUUGAUGAAGUUCCAGAAUAGAAAGUUGGACAAUCUAAUCGAGCUCCACAACAAGACCCCCACGUGGAAUGAGGAGACGGCGUCCCAUGUGCUGAACUUCAACGGCAGGGUCACACAGGCCUCCAUCAAGAACUUUCAGAUCGUCCACAGCAAGGAUUUGGACUAUAUUGUGAUGCAGUUUGGACGAGUAGCAGACGAUGCCUUCACUCUGGACUAUAGCUACCCUAUGUGUGCAGUGCAGGCCUUUGCCAUCGCUCUAUCAAGCUUCGAUGGCAAAAUAACCUGUGAAUAAGAGGGAAACAUUUAGGCUCUGGUGCCCCCUCAAGCUGCUGCAACUUAUUGGCAUACAGAUGCCAACUACCAGAAAGAAGAAUUUUCUUCACCAUUACUCAACAUCAGUGCAAGGUACAUGGAAGGAUGGAAGUCCUACAUGAGAUGGGGGUCCAAGUGCAUUUCAUAUCACAUGGACUGCCUCGGGAUUGUUUUGUUUGUUUGUGUCUCAUUGCAAUUGUAAUCAGGAGCUUUUCUGGGAACCAGAUUAUUUUGACCAAUUGGAGAUCCUUGAGUGCCGUGAAGGACGUGAGGGGAUGCUGAUGCACCAUGCAAGUCUGAGCACUGGAGCUUUGGUGCUUUGGCAUUACACCAUUUCAGUGUAGGGGGAUGUGGACCAAUUGGGGGAUGAAAGUGACAUCUGAAGAGUGAAAGCCUAUUUUCCACCUACAUCAAUGCUUUUAUAGCAUAGUGCAUGUCCAAUAUUCGUUCAUUCUGUUGCAUUUAAUUUGGAAUACAAAUCCAGUAAUGUGUCGGUAAAAAAUCUAUCUAUUGGUAAAAAAAAUGUAUAUAUUGGUAACACAAAACUGUGUCUACGUGGACUUAUAGAAAAAAAUAAUUUAAAAACAUGUCAAAGUAUAUUUAUUUAGGCCUACUUUUUCUUAUUAUUUUUAGGGUUAUAUUUGUUUCCAUGCAUUAUUUGUGGUAUUUCCAGAUUAUGAAAUUGACUUAAUUUUGACAAAUUAGAGGUUUCAUUGUGAACAGUUAUGAGGCAGAGGUAUAAGGCAAUAUGCUUGUACCAUGUGACUGUGGGCAGUCACAAGUAUUUCUCUAAUCAUUUGCUGUUCUCAUUCCACUCAAGUGACAAUUUUGAUGUUGUUCUGAUGUUGUUCUGAUACCUGCCUUUUUAAGUUAUAUGUUCUCUCUUCGGCUAGAUUCUGUCUUUGUAUGAAUCGUGUGGACAAGAGCCUUAUAUUGACAGAUAUUGACAAAUAUAAGGCACUGAUGUGGACCAUUGUUGUUUUGAUAAGGAUAGUUAAUAUAUGUUCCAAAGGUAAACAAUGCAUUUCAGUCUCUUGUGAACUUCUCUUGAAUGAAAGUCAAAGUGCAGGCUUGAAGAUAACAUGCUCAAUAAUGAAUUAAUCUGCAAAUAAAGUAUGACAUGUUUAAAAUGAA